AUGGAAUGCAACCGCAAUCUUGCUCGCAAAGCGGCCCCACACCUCCGCGUCGCGCCCGAGGAGCACCCGGUCCUCCUCACCGAGGCCCCGCUCAACCCGAAGGCCAACCGCGAGAAGAUGACCCAGAUCAUGUUCGAGACCUUCAACACCCCGGCCAUGUACGUCGCCAUCCAGGCCGUGCUCUCGCUGUACGCCUCCGGCCGUACCACCGGUAUCGUCCUCGACUCGGGUGACGGUGUCUCGCACACGGUCCCGAUCUACGAGGGUUACGCGCUCCCGCACGCCAUCCUCCGCCUCGACCUCGCCGGCCGCGAUCUCACCGACUACAUGAUGAAGAUCCUCACCGAGCGUGGCUACUCGUUCACCACCACCGCCGAGCGCGAGAUCGUCCGUGACAUCAAGGAGAAGCUCUCCUACGUCGCCCUCGACUUUGACCAGGAGAUGCAGACCGCUGCCUCGUCGUCGUCGCUCGAGAAGUCGUACGAGCUGCCCGAUGGGCAGGUCAUCACCGUCGGCAACGAGCGCUUCCGCUGCCCGGAGGCCCUCUUCCAGCCGUCGUUCCUCGGCAUGGAGGCCGCCGGCAUCCACGAGACCACCUACAACUCGAUCAUGAAGUGCGACGUCGACAUCCGUAAGGACCUCUACGGCAACUGCGUCCUCUCCGGCGGCACCACCAUGUUCCCGGGUAUCGCCGACCGCAUGCAGAAGGAGCUCACCGCCCUCGCCCCGUCGACCGUCAAGAUCAAGAUCAUCGCCCCGCCCGAGCGCAAGUACUCGGUCUGGAUUGGCGGCUCCAUCCUCGCCUCGCUCUCCACCUUCCAGCAGAUGUGGAUCUCCAAGCAGGAGUACGACGAGUCUGGCCCGAGCAUCGUGCACCGCAAGUGCUUCUAAGCGUACAACAAAGCUUUAAAGCGGUUUUUGUCUUA